ACCUUCUUCUCUUUUAUUCGUUAAACCUCACUCACUUGCUCACUCCUUCAAACCCAAAUUCGGCAACAGUCAUCGAAAACCAGAGAAAGAAACACAGAGAAUGGGUUCUGAGAAGCGAGCGAAAGGCGAGGAAGAUGAAGGUGAAAUCCCUGUGCUGACGGUGCUCAAGAACAACACAAUCCUCAAGAACAUCUUCAUCGUCAACAAGCCGCCGGAGGAGCCAGAAAAGGCGUCACGUGGCGAGCACGUGGAUGUUCUCCUCGUGGGGCGCCACCCCGACUGUGACCUCAUGCUCACGCACCCCAGCAUCAGCCGUUUCCACCUCCAGAUCCGCUCCAAGCCAUCCACACGCGCCUUCUCCGUUGUCGAUUUGUCUUCCGUGCACGGGACGUGGGUGUCGGGAAAGAGGAUCGAGCCGAUGGUGAGUGUGGAGAUGAGGGAGGGGGACGUGCUCAGGAUCGGGGUUUCCAGUAGGGUUUACCGUCUACAUUGGAUUCCGAUUAGUCGCGCCUAUGAUUUGGAAAAUCCGUUCGUUGCGCAAUUGGAUGUGCUUGCCGAAGAAGAAGAAGGAGAAGAAGAAGAGGAGGAGGAGGAAGAAGAGAAAAUGCAGAAGUUGAAUGGCUAUCCUGCUGAAAUGGAAGUGGAUUCAAUUGUUGAGGAUAUAAGUUCUUUAUUCCCGGAUGAGAAUGUAAAACUAAUUGUGGAAGUGGAUUCAAUUGUCGAGGAUAUAAGUUCUUUAUUCCUUGAUGAGAAUGUAAAACUAACUGUGGAAGAGGAGAUUCACUUGGCACCUUGGAUGCUGGAAGAAAAGAAGAGCCCAUCACAAGAGGAAGCAAUUGGAACCCAAAUAUCUGAUGGUGAAAAAAAUUUGGGUGACUCUGUAAGUCAGGUUCUAUCACCACCUUAUGUGGAAUCACUUGUCCAAGGUCAUGACAUACUGACAGAAAAAUUGUCUGAGACUUUAUGUUUGCCAGCUGUGGAAGCUGUUUUGGAGACCAAAAUGCUGCAUUACCAUACUCCACAUGAUACACUUUCUUCCUCAUUGCCACCUGGUCAUGAAAAUUCGUUUGAAAAGCUUCAUUUCAACUUGCCUAAAGAAACUGAAUGUGAAUAUGAAUGUACAGACAGAGAUGAUGAAGGUGUUGUAGAUGCCUUUCCAGUUCCUGCGCCUCUUGAUGAGAAAAGUUUAGCCGAAGAUGAUUUUACUGCUGGAGGUGGAAAUAUGGAUUCUGUGGAUAUGUUGCCACCAGUCAAGGAAGCUGUGCUAGGAACACUCGAUGAGCAGAUUAAAAUUGUUGACAUAGUUGCUAUUGAUUCUUCAUCUGACAUAGACAAGCAAGACAUGUAUAGAUCACAGUCACAGCUGGGGAAGGAUAAAUUUUGUCAUGACCGUAGGCACUCACUCAAUGAAAUAACUCAAGAUGUUAGAAACAAGUGCACAGGUAUCAUCUCCUCCCCCACAUCACGUCAGAUAGAGUCAGUCAAUUUAUCAAUGACACAAGAAUUAGUUUUCAAUAUUAUGAAUAAGGACCAGACCAUGCAGUCUGAUAUGGAAAUCCUUGAAAGCUGUGUAAAAGCAGUGGAGAAAACUUCAACAAAUCAUAAUAUUUGGUCAAGAAGAGGUAAAGCUAAUAGAGCUCCUCAGGUUCGAACUAGCAAGAGCACAGUUAAGAAUGUAGCCAACGUUGACGCUGAAGUUGCAAUGAGCAAGGAGAAGGAUAUCAGAAAUAGAACAGUCGCAAAGAACCUUUUCUCUGUACAGGAUGGGGAGGUAGAGGAAGAAGAAAUCUUCACUCCAGAUAAAGAAAAUUUCAGUCCAAAUACCCUCCAGAAGCGAUUAUUGAAGGAGGAUAAAGUAGAAGAAAUUAAACAUUCCAGGUCACAAAGGUCACGAUCCCUUUCAAAGCAUCGAAAUGAAAGCACCGCUUUAAGGAAAAUGAACCAGAAGGAUAUCAUAAACAAAACAAUUUCAAAGGAUCUUUUCUCUGUUUCGGAUGGGGAGAAAGAGGAAGAGUUCUUCGCCCUGGAUAAGGAAAACAUUAGUCCAAAUACCCUUCAAUUGAGGCUUCUGAAAAAGAAGGGUAAGGUAGAAGAAAUUAACCGUUCCAAGUCAGAAAGGUCACCUCUUUCAAAGGGGGGUAUAUUUAAUCUAUAUCCAAAUGAAAGAACGGGAAAAAAUACUACAAUCUCAGACUUCAUCUCUGAUUUGAACGGGGAAGAAGAGGAAGAAGAAAUCAUCACCCCUAAUAAGGAAAACAUCGGUCCAAAUACCCUUCAAUUGCAUCUCCUGAAAAAUAUGGGUAAGGUAGAAGAAGUUAAAUGUUUCAAGUGUCAAAAGUCACCCCUUUCAAAGGGUACGUUUAAUCCUGACGUGUAUCCGAAUGAAAGCAUAGGCCCAGCUUAUGGUAACCUGAACCAGAAUGAUAUAAUAAAUAGCUCAAUCUCAGACGAUCUCAUCUCUGAUUUGGAUGGGGAAGAAGAGGAAGAAGAAAUCUUUACUCCUAAUAAGGAAAACUUCAGUCCAAAUACCCUUCAGUUGAGUCUCCUGAAAAAUAAGAGUAAGGUAGAAGAAAUUGAAUGUUUCAAGUCUCAAAAGUCACCCCUUUCAAAGGGUACGUGUAAUCCUGACAUGUAUCAAAAUGAAAGCAUACUGAACCAGAAUGAUACGAUAAAUAGCUCAAUCUCAAAAGGUCAUUUCUCUGAUUUGGCUUGGGAAGAAGAGGACGAAGAAGUCUUCACUCCAGAUAAGGAAAACUUCAGUCCAAAUGCCCUUAAAUUGCGGCUUCUUAAAAAGAAGGAUAAGGUGGCAGAAAUUAAACAUUCCAAGUCUCCGUGGAAAGAAAAUCAAAAGUUGCAAAGAAAGCCUUUUUGCAGCCAAAUCAACUUGGCACAGGAGCAACAUCUUGUGACAUCAGAGGACAGAGUGCAAAGGGUACCUUUCCAAUCACUAAAUAGCUCAGCAGACAAGGGAAAAUCAAACACUUUUUCCCCUGUUUCUUCAGCCAAAAGCUUUCAUUUCAGUAAUUGUGGACAAAUUUUAGACCAGCACAUUAACCACCCUUCAGAUAUUAGUGGGCUGCCAAAGAAGAGUAGCUGGGACAUGAUUGUGGAUACUACUUCUCUUGUGAACAAGGAAUCAAGGAAAGCUCUGCAGCUUCUACAAGGCCUCAAGGGGACUCGGUUAAUCAUUCCAAGAUUGGUCAUAAGGGAACUGGACCGUAUGAUGCGACAGUUCAAAAUCUUCAGAAGAACUUCAGAGGCUUCCUUGGCAUUGGAAUGGAUUGAAGAAUGUAUGGUGAAGACAAAUUGGUGGAUUAAAAUCCAGAGCUCAGCAGAUGAAGGAAGGUUAAUUGCUCCAACCCCACCUGCUUCUCCCCAGUCUCAGUUUAGUGAAGACAGUGUAAUUUCUCCUUCAUACCAGAAAUGCAUGGAAAUUGCUUCACCAACCUUAGAAGAUCACAUCCUUGACUUUGCUCUUCUGUAUAGAAGAAACCAAAAUGAUGGACAAGUUGUCCUACUCAGUGAGGAUAUCCCUUUGAAAAUCAAAUGCAUGGCAGAGGGUUUGCUUUGUGAGGCAGUGCAGGAGUUUCGUGAGAGUCUAGUGAAUCCAUUCUCUGAGAGGUUCUUGUGGACCAAUAGCUCUCCUCGAGGACAGACCUGGUCUUGCAAGGACGACGUGGUCUUAAGAGAGAGAUAUUAUCGUGCUCCUUUGUGCAAGUCAUCAAAGACAACUGCAAGCGGUUUGAAGCUCAUUCUGCUUCACAAUUCCAAGUAUGGGCUCUGAGCCCCACUGACAAAAACAGUUCAGUUGAUCCUGCUGAACAGAGAUAUUGAAUUCUUUUUUCUUCUAAGAAACAUGACCAAUCAAUCAGAUGUUCAGCUUGGUAGAAAGCAAUGGGUAGCUUAAAAAAUAACCAAUCUGUUAUCUAGAAGGUUAUAACAGCAAUUAAUGGAAGAAAAAAUUAUGUUAAACUGAUUUUAAAUGGGUAUAUCAAAUAAAAUUUUCCUC